AUGCGGUCGCGGCCAUGGGCCAGCAACAGGGACAAAGCGUUCCCAUAUCCCUUCCGCGAAGCCACCAACAAGAUGCGAGCCCUCGAGGGGCCCUGGUCCGGGGACAACGACCCCUUUCCGCGGGAGUGGACCCGCGGCGUGGCUGGGGACAAGGUCCUGACCAACGUCCGUCAGGUCACGGAAUAUCCGCCCCAGCUGCGCUUCCUUCUGUUCACGCCAGAGUUUGGAAGCGUGAACUCGUUUGCCGCAUCAUCCUGGGACAAGUUGGCUCCGAGCUUUGAUACGGACUUUUGGAUCGUCAGCUGGCAAGGGUGGGACAGCUGGACGGAGAUGAUCGAGCAAGUUACCCGCAAGGUCUUGUCUUUUGCAGAUGGAGUUAGUACUGUUUGGUAUGGGCACUCCAUGGGCGCCAUCGUUGCGUACGAGGUGCUGAAACGGUUUGACAAGCAAUAUCGGUCGCCGAACUUGCCGGUGGCGCUAAUGGUGAGUGGCUGCCCAGCCCCGCAUCUUUUUGCAGCAGACUACCGGCCGCAAGACAAGCACGACUUCCUCUUGAAGCUGCGCAUACCCAACGACUUUGACAUACUGACCCAGGAAAAGCGAGAGAUUCUGAUGAAAGAGUUUCAGGUGUGCCUGGACAAUCGGCACGAUGUCCUCAAGGACGUGACCCUGCAUAGCAGCGACUCCUCGGACUCUGUGCAAAGCGAGGCCGACUAUCGCAAGGCCAUCGUGACCGAUUUGAAGGUUUUGAUGGCCUAUGCUUUUGAACAUGGUGAAUCCAAAGCAGUGAGCGUCCCGGUCGUCGCCAUGGCACAUGACGAGGACAGCCUUGUGGAGCCGCAGAAAGUCCAGGCCUGGGAGGCAUAUGCCCCUGCUGGCAGCUUCGAGUUCGUCGCCCUCGAGGACAAUACUCUCAGGUGUGCAAGAAUUCUUCUCGUGCAGGAGAUUGCAGAUUCCGAAGUCUUGGCGGAGCAAGGGCAUGGCUAUGCCAUGCGUUGGGCCCUCAGCUUCCUUCUUCGCUAG